AUGGCAACUGCAGCGGAAUCUGACAGUGACAGAGGAAUAGCACGGAGCCCUUAUGAAAAAAACCCUCGGGCGCCUGAGCGCAAUGGUUAUGUGAAAACAUGUGUCACCCCUCUGUACCAGGAUCCGGGUUGCCAGUCGUGGUUGAAGCUAAGUGAGGUAUGGAGCUGUAAAAGUCUCUCCUCUGCGGUAUGUGUCGGGUCUGUCUCGGUUUUUCUCGCUCUGGUGGUUAAAUUCGUUGACUGGGAUGUAGAGCAAAGCCGCAGCUGCAGCAGCAGCACUCCUAAUAAAGAGACGGGAUCUCCUUUUCAAUACGUGACAAGCAGCGCGGUGGAACUAGUGUUAACCUUGUGGCAUCUGAUUUCUCCUAUUUUCACUCUUAUAUGUGCCUUCUUUUGGAUCGGACUCUAUCUGAUCCGUUGCGGUGUGCUGAUCAGGACCGCUGUGUUUUUACUGACUGUUUGUCAUUUGGGCGAAGCGGCGGCACAGUCGCUUUUACACGGAGCGGAUGACCAGCUGCUCUCCUUCACGGCGACAGUAGUGGUGCUCGCCUGCUUGGCAAGCGGGGCACUCAUGGUGGUGAGACUGGGCCAGGGGAUCUCGGUCAUCAUUUUCAUCAGCAUCAUCAGGACUGUCUCCCUCAUUUCGCUGCACAAAGUUCGUGCUAGCUGGAGGCCGUAUCUAGCGUACCUGGUCGGGGUGCUAGGUGUCCUGUUAGCGAGGUAUGCAGACAAGCUUCUGCCGCACCAGGGGACACACCGGGAAGGUUGCACCUCGGUGACAGGAGCCCGGGAAGACAUUCCGGUGUUUAAAAGACGACGGCGGUCCAGUUCAGUCGUAUCAUCAGACAUGGCACAUCACGGUCAGUCCAACAGCAAGUCACACAGGAGGACCUCAUUGCCAUGCAUUCAGAGAGAUCAGAUGCUCCCACAGCAGGAAUGGGAUCACAAGAGAGGAGCCCGAGGAUCUCAGUCCUCAGGCACCACUGUGACAGUGGACAUAGCGGUGAUGGGCGAGGCCCAUGGGAUGAUCACAGACCUGCUGGCUGAUCCAUCUCUUCCUCCCAACACCUGCACUUCACUGCGGGCUGUCAGUAACCUGCUGAGCACUCAGCUCACCUUCCAGCCCCUGCAUCGUCCUCGCCUCAGCCCCUUACUGACCUUCAGCGACAGCCACCCCUGCUCUGACUCUGAGGAACCUCCAGAGAGGAGCGAGAGGCUGGCCAUCCCAAAGCGUUUGAGACGGAGUUUACCACCCAACCUGCUCCGUAGAAUCUCGUCUACCUGGACCACCACCACCUCAGCCACAGGCCUGCCUACCAUCGAGCCGGGCCCGGUCAGACGGGACCGCAGCUCCAGCAUCAAAAUCUUACACGACAGCCCCACCAGCAGCAUGGUGAAUAGUGAGUCAUGGAACAGUUCAGUCAUGCUGACCAUCUCCAAAAGCAGGUCCUUGUCUGCAUCAUAUGCUACAACAGCCGCCAAUCACCUCUACAACAAGAGACUGAGCCGCCCAGGUUGUCAUCCUACCAACAUCUCACCUCUGGCUUCCCCGUGCCACUCACCUCCAGUUCAGGGUACACCAGUCAACAGCCCUACUGCCAAAAUCCCCUCAGCUGAACUGCCUGAUCCUGGCGUCUCCCAGAUUGACUCUGUGCCAGCUCGAACCCCACACAGAGCCCUAACACACAGCCAAAGUGCCCCCAGCUCCACCACUACUCACUGGGCCCCACCACCACUCUGUAGUAGCUGUGGAAGACCAUAUGGCAAACUACAGCAUGGAGAGGGCUCCUUAGACAUGGGAGAGAGACAUCUACAGACAGAUGACCCUGCUCUGGCCUCUUCUGACUAUGACAGUACCUAUGAGACCAACCACAGUGACAGCAGUGAUUUUGCACAAAAUGAAGAGGACGGAGAGAGCCACAAUAAGCCUUCUAACACCCAGAACGAGUGCAGAAUCUACCCUCCAGAAAAUUUGGUCCUGCUCCCCCUCCUGCCCUCAGAGGAUAAGCCUAUCCUGGCGCCGGAACCACUGGUGAUGGAAGGCCUGGAGCCAAUCAUGAGCCAGAUAAAUAAUUGGAACUUUCCCAUCUUUAACCUGGUGGAAAAGACCAACGGCAGAUGUGGCUGUAUCCUUAGUCAGGUGUCUUACAGGCUGUUUGAGGACACGGGACUCUUUGAAUCGUUUAAGAUCCCUGUGAGAGAGUUUAUGAACUAUUUCCACGCGCUGGAGAAUGGAUACAGAGACAUACCAUAUCACAACAGGAUCCAUGCCACAGAUGUGCUGCACGCGGUCUGGUACCUCACCACACAGCCUGUACCAGGUUUACCCACACUAGUCCAUGACCAGGGCUCUGUCAGUGACUCAGAUUCAGACAGUGGUAUUCCUCAUGGGCGUAUGGGCUAUUUGAUGUCUAAGACAUACCCUGUGAUGGAGGAAGGCUAUAGCUGUCUCUCAGGACUCAUUCCUGCCCUGGAGCUCAUGGCUUUGUAUGUAGCUGCUGCCAUGCAUGACUAUGACCACCCCGGCCGCACCAAUGCCUUUUUAGUGGCGACAAGUGCCCCACAGGCUGUGCUCUACAAUGAUCGCUCCGUGCUGGAGAACCACCAUGCUGCCUCUGCAUGGAGCCUUUUCAUGUCCCGACCUGAGUACAACUUCCUGGUCAAUCUUGACCACGUGGAAUUCAAACGUUUUCGAUUUCUAGUCAUUGAAGCCAUUCUGGCCACUGAUCUGAAAAAGCACUUUGACUUCCUGGCUGAGUUCAAUGCCAAGGUUGGUGAUGAGGGAUGCUCAGGUAUAGACUGGACCAAUGAGAACGAUCGGCUCCUGGUAUGCCAGAUGUGCAUUAAACUUGCGGACAUCAAUGGGCCACUCAAAUGCAAGGACUUACAUCUGCAGUGGACAGAGGGCAUCGUCAAUGAGUUUUAUGAACAGGGUGAUGAAGAGUCCAGUCUGGGUCUGCCUAUUAGUCCCUUCAUGGACCGCUCAGCGCCUCAGUUGGCCAAGCUCCAGGAGUCCUUCAUUACACACAUUGUUGGGCCCCUGUGCAGCUCCUAUGACUCUGCUGCCCUUAUGCCAGGAAGGUGGGUGGAUUCAGUUUCCAGAGAGGACGAAGAAGCGGCAGAGCCAGAGGAAACAGAUGAAGAAGAGGAGGAGGAUACCGCUGAGGAAGAUGCAUCUACCAGCUCAGAGCAGUCACAAAAACGAGUCCCUAAGAAGAGACGGAAAGUAUUCUGUCAGAUCACUCAGCACCUUCUGGAAAACCACGAGAUGUGGAAGAAGGUGAUUGCAGAGGAAACACAGAAUCAGGUUGAUGAGGAGGAGAAAUCCACAUGCUUCAGCAAUCCAGCUGAUUCAAUCUUGGCCAUUGAUGAAGAGGAGGAAGAGCCAGGGAGCAAGGGGGAGUCUGUGGAAAAUCAAGAGGAGGAAACUGAGGUUGAGGAGACCAGCCUCACAAAGGAGGAGAUUCCAGUAUCAGAAACAGGACAGGAAGUGGAAAACGAGAGGGAGACUUUGGAGAAAGAGGUGGAGACUGUAGGAGAGGAGGAUAAAGAGGAGGAUGCUCUGAAUGAAGAGAGGGGAGAAGAGGAAGAGACUGAUCAAAAAGAGCAAUUUGUGGAGGAAAGAAAAGAGACUGCUGAAGCAGAAGAAGAGGAGGACCAGGAGUGA